CAAUGUCAGUUCCGCAUUGUCAUAUUUCAACCAAACGUUUUUAGGAAGUUUGUGGAAUUCCUGCCCCGUUGAGACUGAGAUUGAAGAUUAGUUUCAGGGUUUUUUCGAGUUAGGAGCCCGCGUGACUGUUGUAACAAAGAUGCAGGCCAUAAGAAACGUCUUCCGGGCCGCCUGGUCCUCCGCUGAGAGACUAGAGGACAAAACUGUCCUCAUCACCGGGGCCAACACCGGCAUCGGCAAAGAGACCGCCAUCGACCUGGCGAAGAGAGGGGCAAAGGUCAUCAUGGCGUGCAGGGACAUGGAGCGAGGGGAGGCCGCCGCGAAGGAAGUCAUCGAAAUCUCAGGCAGCCAAAAUGUUGUUUGCAUGAAACUGGACUUGGCGGACAGCAAGUCGAUCAGAGAAUUCGCCGAAGCCAUCAACCAAGGAGAGCCGAAGCUCAACAUCCUCAUCAACAACGCCGGCGUGAUGGUUUGUCCUUACGGGAAAACCCAAGACGGCUUUGAGAUGCAGAUCGGCGUCAAUCACUUCGGUCACUUCCUGCUGACACAUCUGCUGAUUGACCUGAUUAAAAGAUCGGCGCCGGGGCGCAUCGUCACGGUGUCCUCCAUGGCUCACUCCUGGGGCUCCAUCAACCUGGAGGACAUCAACAGCGAGAAGAGUUACGACAAGAAGAGCGCCUACUCCCAGAGCAAGCUGGCCAACGUCCUCUUCACCCGCUCGCUGGCCAAGAAGCUGGAAGGCUCGGGCGUGACGACGUACUCCCUCCACCCCGGGGUCGUCCAGACGGAUUUGUGGCGUCACCUGAGCGGCCCUCAGCAGUUCGCCAUGAAGAUCGUCAGUCCCUUCACCAAAAGCUCCUCCCAGGGAGCGCGGACCAGCAUCUACUGCGCCGUGGAGCCGUCGCUGGGGAAGGAGAGCGGCGGAUACUACAGCGACUGCGCUCCAGCCAGCUGCUCGGCCGCCGGGAAGGACGACGUCCUGGCGCAGAAGCUGUGGGACCUGAGCUGCCGCAUGCUGUCGGUAACGUGGGAAUGAGAGCCGAGCGGAUCCAUAGUGCAGUUUCCCCCCCCCCCGUUUACAUGUUUUACUUUGCAAUAUGAUUCACCGAUAUUCGUCAAAUGCACUGCAUUGUCCAAAGAUUAUCUUUAUAUGAGGAAAAUAUGUAUUUAUCCAUUUAUUUGUUUAUUUACAUUUAUUUUCACGCUUACAUUUACUAAUUGCAUAACACUCACGGAACUAUUGCUAAUAAAAAAAAUACUAAGUAAAUGAUAUAAUUUAUAUGAAGAUUAUGAUGCUAAAUCACUAAUUUAUCACUAAAUGAAAUACUUUUGUAUACAUUUUUGAGUUAGAUUUAGUGAAUAUUUGGAAUAAAUAAAGAUUUGUAAUGUGUCGCUAAUGUUUUUCUAUAUUUUCUGGCAUUAAACCAACUAUUAAACUA